CACCGCUCUAAUGAUUUAGAACGAGCAUCGUCAAAAUGUGAACUUGCUGUAAUCUCUCACACAUAGGGCUGUAAUCUAACCCUCACACGUAGGCGCAAGGACAAUCGCGUAAAAACAGAAAUGUCUUAUUUUCUCUCUGGGUCUAUAUGAAGCCGCAGAACAGAGAGAAACAGAAAGAGUGAGACUGUUAGAGUGAGAGAUGGGUUUGGAAUCAGUGGGCGAUCUAGCGCUGCACAUAAUCCUGCGGAAGUUGGGUGCUCAAGAUUCGGCGAGGGCAGCCUGCGUCAGCAAGCAGCUCAGAGCUUCGGCCUCUGAAGACCCUCUUUGGUCUCAUUUCUGUGCCCUGGACCUCCACCUCUCCCAACCCUUUGAUCCUCAUGGCAACCUCUCUCCUUCUUUCAAGGCAUGCUAUCAAUUGUGGCGGGAGUCUUUCAUCAUGUACCCUUGGUCUCUUGUGAAGCGAGUCCAGAGGUGCUGGGCCAAAAUCACAAACUGGCUAGCCCUUAACUUCCCAGAGGCUCACUCUUCCCUUAACAAAGGCGCAUCCGAAGCCGAAAUUCAAGACCUGGAGAAUCUACUACAAGUGAAGCUCCCUCUCCCGACAAGGAUUCUGUAUCGUUUUCACAACGGCCAAGAUUUAGAUGACUUCACCCGCUUCGGUAAUGCCCCUCUGCUCGGCCUCAUCGGUGGGUACAGCUUCUAUGAUCACCUCGUCAAUGUCUCGCUGCUGCCUUUAGACCAAAUUGUGUUGGAAACUAAGUUCCUCAUGGAGAAGCUUGGCUUUUUGGCAUCUCAGGGUUAUAUUCUUGUGGCUGCUUCCUCUAUGUAUAGCGAAAAGUUUUUUUUACUCAACUGUACUAGUGGCCAGCUCCAUGUCGGCACGCGGAAGCUUGUGUCUGAUGGUGAAAUGCUACCCUGUGUACCAAAUGCAUUGGUCAAUUCCGUUCAUGAUCAGCAACAGGAUGCCGUGCUUCUUUGGUUGGAAGAACACGGCCGCCGUCUGGAAAAUGGAGUUAUUAAGAUCCGUGGAGAAGGAACUAUGAGAAGCAUCUGUCUGUUUCCUGAGGCAUCCCCUCUGUGCUCCACUGCUGUAACAAGCGGCGUACAGGUUCGUUGUUCUUCGGUCUUUGUCCCAGAGUUCUGUGACCUUCAACAUACCUCCCAGAAGUACUACUUUUCCUAUUCGAUCCGCAUGUCACUUCUACCUGAAGGAUGUUGCAUCAAUGGAAUGACAUUUAACUCUUGCCAACUGCUUUCAAGGCACUGGCUCAUUCGUGCUAAUGAUGUUGUGGUUGCUAAUGUUAAUGGAGAGGCUGUUAUAGGAAAGUUCCCUCUCCUACGACCAGGUGAGAAAGAAUUUGUAUACGAGAGUUGCACCCCUCUGCCAUCCGCAUCGGGUUCUAUAGAAGGUUAUUUCGUCUUUGUUCCGGGCAGGUUGGCGGUUCCGAAAGGCAGUGGAUUUAGAGCUCUAGCUGCAGGCUUUCCCCUCCAGCUGCCAGACUACAUCUUCUGAUAAUCAAAUCAGGGUGCGUGCGGCUCAUUUUAUGUGGAAAUGAUCACAGUGAUCAUAAAUAAGUGAUAUAUUUCCCCUUCCGUAUUUACUGUUAUAUAUGAUAGUGUAAAUCCUCUGUAAUAACUUGUAUCUGUUUUGGGCAUUUUGGCCAUGAAGUGUAUUAUCUGUUGUCCGUUUCUGUAUAAGCUAUCGCACUGGGCAUCUGCCUGGUUCCUUUUUUUUUUUUUGCUCUUGGUCAACAAAUGAUUUCAUUCAGUGGUGUUGAAGCUGAAAUUAUUGGCUUAGUUAAUGUGAGAUCUAUUGCAUUGGCCUGCCUUGGUUU